AUGUUCCCACAUACAAUCGACUGGAAGGACAACGAAGGUCGCACACCGCUCAUGUUAGCCGCGCAAAGCUCAAACCCCAGCCAUGCGCCCGUCAGCACGAAUAGUUCCGCCCAUAUCCCUCCUCCAACGGGCCGGCGACCCCGCGCAGUGUCUACGAAUUCGGCAAUGGCGUCUGAAGAUAUCGCUACUAUUACGAUAUUACUUUCGUACGCUGCCUCGGUGAUCGCGACGGAUAAUCUGGGGAAUACAGCGCUACAUUAUGCUUCUGCUUGGGGAAACCUCAAGGCUGUCCGGGCUCUACUUGCUGCUGGAACACCGCCGUUGUCGCCAAACAAAGCGAUGCAUACACCACUCGACUACUCAGUCACGAAACAGGCGGCACAAUAUUUCCAGAGUAUCGUGAAUGAGUUUGAAAGCAGCACCAGAUCGGAUGAUACGAGAAAGAGCUGGUCGUCGGAUCACCAACAACAAAAAAAACAACAACCUAGCCUAAAGCUGAAUACAGCAGCGGUACGAGCCAUCGCGACACCGCCGGAUGAAUCCAGAGCGGGCGGGACUCGAAUGCUGGGAUCGCCCAUGUCGUCGCCCAUCAAGAGUAAUCGGAGUGUAGAGCAGAGACAGCAGAUGCAAUACCCAUCUCACCACCAGCAUCAGUCAAGUAAUACGUCGCCUGUGAAGAAGAAUUUCGGUGGGUUGAGGCUGGUGAUUGAUACAGAAAGUGCGGAGUACGCGGACUUGGAUGAUGUGCCUUCGACAGCGAAGAGGAUUGAGAGGCCGUCUAUUGAUGAGCCGCGGAUGGUGCAGUCGUGA